AUGCCCUGUUGCUGGCGCCAUCGGCACGGCCCUUGCAAUCCCAUCCCAGCAGCAGCCAGUUUUGCCAACACACACCCUUGGCAGCAGAUGGACCAGGUCUCUCAUGGGGUCACAUAUGCCCCCCUAGUGGAUCCCUGGAUUGAGUGGCCCUGCUGUGGGGACCCCGUAUGCGUGCAUACGACCAUGGAGCAGAAGAGCACAGCCAGCAGUGCUCCUGGUGGUAAGCUCACAGAAAGGGGACCCCUGGCUCUGUGCAUGCCCAGCCCAUGGCCCCUCAGCGUGGACUUCUACUAGGUGCCAAGCUUGGACCCAGGCACCUUUGAUGACUCCCCAUGGCUUGUGGACCGAUUUUGGGCUCAGUUGGGUGAUUACAUGUCGUUUUGCUUUGAGAACUGUCAGGACAACCUCAGUCACGUCUGUGAGAUCCUUGGGCACCCGACCGGCCAAGCCCGGGCAUGAGCACCCCCCUACCUCGUCGGGGACCUGCCCCUUCCUGACGAUUAUGAGCUCUUCUGCCAGGAUUUCGAGGAUGUCAUUCAAGACCUGAACAGUUUUGCUGAGUACCAUGCUGCAGCGCCUUGCCCCCUGGCCCCUGCCUUAAGUCAGUCACCAGUGGCCCCGCAGCUGCCUGUGGUGAGGCAGUACUUAGCUAGGUAUUCGGAGGUCCUGGCAUUCAACGUGGGUGCUGUCCCAGUUGCUGUGGCCACCUUUGCUGUUUAUACUUCCAACUCUACAUCCAGAAAUGGUCUCCCUGAGUAGCAGCUGGCCAAGGAGAGCAGCCUUGGGUCUGUGGAGUCCCUCACCUUGUCUAGUUCCGCAUGCAGGGCUGAUGCUGGUCCUGUGAGGCCAGCCUCAUCCCAGCCAGGGUAGGCGGUCCCCACACCUGUCCCUGCACUUUCAGGAUGUAACCCGCCUACCCAGAAACCAGAUCCAGUUCCGCCGGGUCCAGAAACCCAGAAGACAAAGGAGGAAGUUUCUAAGACAGAGGGAGACCAGAAGGCAUCCUUAAGUACCCCUCAGCAGGUUGCAGACACCCCAGAGACCCCAAGAGAGCUAGCAGUUUCUCUUGCUCCCUACCCCACAGCCCUGGAUUCUGAACACAGUCCAGGCAGAUUCAGUAGUGCCCCUUGUGAUGAAGUGGCCUGCAUAGCUGAAAAGCCCCACAGUGCCCCAGCAGGACAGAGUGGCAUUGCCAGAUGA